AUGAGGAUCCUUUUCGGCGUUAUUCUGCUAUUAUCCUUACUCCUAAUAGUGUCAGGGGAAAGAGUGGGACGUUGGAAGAGAAGACAUUCUCAUUCGCAUGGGCGUGAUUUCGGGCGUCGACCAGGUGUAGGGUGGGGCAUGGGUGGUUUUCCGGGCUAUAAUAGAGGCACAAUGGGCUAUCCUUUCGGCGGUUACAGCCCAUAUAGAGGGUGGGGAAAGUAA